AUGGCUACCGAUCAAGAAGUGGCCACUGCGCUCAAGGUGCAGGGAAACCAGGCCUUUGCUCAGCACGACUGGCCUGUCGCAGUCGACUUUUAUACCCAGGCUAUUGCCAAAUUUGACAAGGAUCCAUCCUUCUUCUGCAACCGGGCCCAGGCUCAAAUUAAGCUUGAAGCCUUCGGCUUUGCUAUUGCGGAUGCCACCAAGGCAAUUGAAUUGGAUCCCAACUAUGUGAAGGCCUACUGGAGACGUGCCCUAGCCAAUACUGCCAUUCUAAGCUACAAGGAGGCCUUGAAGGACUUCAAGGCUGUGGUUAGACGCGAACCGGCCAACCAUAAUGCCAAGCUGAAGGCUGCCGAGUGUGAGAAGCUCGUGCGCCGCAAAGAUUUCGAGCGGGCCAUCGAGAUCUCUGACCCGCCUUCUGCUUUUGCGGAUUUGGACAUCGAUGCUAUCAAUGUCGAGGACGGUUAUGAUGGUGUGCGCCUUGGCGAGGAAAUGUCGCAGGAGUUCAUCGAUGAUAUGAUUGAGCGCUUUAAGAACGGAAAGAAGAUCCAUCGCAAAUAUGUCUUCCAAAUCAUCAAGGCUGUUAAGGAUCUUGUAUACAACGAGCCUACCAUGGUCGAAAUCGGCGUGGAAUCGGGAAAGAAGCUGACAGUCUGCGGUGAUACGCACGGCCAAUACUUUGAUUUGCUCGAGAUUUUCCGACGAAACGGUGCCCCCUCCGAUACCCAUGCUUACCUCUUCAACGGUGACUUCGUUGACCGUGGCUCCUGGUCCUGCGAAAUCGCACUGCUGCUCUAUGCAUACAAGUGGUUGCGUCCCAACGGUCUUUUCCUUAACCGUGGAAACCACGAGACGGAUGAUAUGAAUAAGGUCUACGGCUUCGAAGGCGAGUGCAAGGCUAAAUAUAACGAGCGGGUCUUCAAGGUGUUCUCCGAGUCCUUCUCGGCUCUGCCUCUGGCCACCUUGAUUGAUGAUAUCCGCAAGCUCAACCGCCACAACCAACGGCAGCCUGGCCAAGCGGGCCUGAUGAUGGAGAUGCUCUGGACAGACCCGCAGACCGAGGCUGGCCGCGGCCCCAGCAAGCGUGGUGUCGGUCUCCAAUUUGGCCCUGAUGUCACUAAGCGCUUCUGUGAAAACAACGGCCUGGAGGCUAUCAUUCGCUCCCAUGAGGUGCGGAUGGGCGGUUACGAGGUUGAACACGAUGGUCGUUGCAUCACUGUCUUUUCUGCUCCCAAGUACUGCGAUGCGACUGAAAAUAAGGGUGCUUACAUCAACAUCGGCCCUGAACUCGAGCUUGCAUAUGAAGUAUUCGAGGCAGUACCACACCCCGAUAUCAAGCCGAUGGCAUACGCGAAUAACUCUAUUCUUUCGGGGAUGUGA